AAAUCAUUUUUAUUUUGCAGAUUUGUCAAGCAGCUCGUAAAGGCAGGAUCGUUUUAAGUUUUAUUAUCGUUUUGUUUUGUAUCAUUUAUUAUUUAUGUUAGUUACGUAGACCAUGCUGAUUAAAGAUGAUGUCUGAUCAGUUUAGAAAAGUAGAACCUUAUUCUCCAAAAUCGUCACCUCGAGGAGCGAGGUCGCCAGUAGUUUCGCGACAGGAUUCUUCUGGCACUCUCAAAACUACCAUCUCGCUCGGCAAGAACCCUUCUAUAGUGCACAGUGGGCCAUUUUAUUUGAUGAAAGAACCUCCAGGAGAAUGUGAACUGACGGGGGCUACGAAUUUGAUGGCAUACUACUGCCUCGAGCACUCGUACAGUAAGUUCAAUGGCAAGAAGCUGAAGGAAUCGUUGUCGUCGUUUUUGCCGAACCUGCCGGGCAUAGUGGACGGCCCGGGGCAGGAGGACAACAGCACGUUGGGCUCGGUCAUAGCUAAGCGGCCGAUCGGGGGCAAGGAGUUGUUGCCGCUGACGAGCGCUCAGCUGGCGGGGUUCCGCUUGCACCCGGGGCCGCUGCCUGAACAGUACCGCUACGUGAGUGCGACGCCACCAAAGAGACACAAGAGUAAACACAAGAAACACAAGCACAAGGACGGAGCACCGCCUGGACAAGAGGCUCCAUUACAAGACUCCUCAAAUCCUGACACGUAUGAGAAGAAGCACAAAAAGCAGAAACGGCACGACGACGACAAAGAGCGCAAGAAGCGAAAAAAGGAGAAAAAGCGGAAAAAACAAAAACACAGCCCCGAGCACGGCGGUCUUACACCAAGCCAGCACCCACUACCCUAGACGUUAACAUAAUCUCUCUAGUUUAUAAGCGUGUACUUUGAGCCCAAAGAGAAUGUCAGGUUGAAGUGAUGAUGGAGUAUUUAUAGUCUCAUAGAUGUGUUUAGAUGGAGUGACACAAGCGGUGUGUGUGUGAGUUUGUAAAAUUGUAAUGCCUUACAGCGACGAAGCGUCCAUACAACCCGCUUCCUACCGACUUCCCUUUUAUGUUUAUUUACAUUUGUCUAACCUUUGUUUUUUUUUUAAUUGUCCACGAUAUAUUAAGUAAGACAAUUUAUUUUUGUUUCGGGUUACCUUUUGAAAAACAUCUCCCUUCGCCACUGAUGCCUUAUCUUUUUAGCUGGUUAAAGGGAGCCCACAUGCAUUGAUUUCAGAAUAGCCCAGCUUUGAAAUGUAUCAGGAGACAUAGGACGCAUGUGGGGCAACAAAAAAUCAAAAAUAUUAGGGCUAGUAUUCAACGGUGUACAGUAAGACUGUUUAACCAAGCCCGGCUUGAAGUUCUUUACGUUGUUCCUGCAGGUGACGAAGAGAUUAAGAUUCAGGAAUAGAUGUUCUUGAUUUCAAGUUGACCAUGACUGACUGGUCGAACUGUACCACCAGUUGCGCUUCACAUAACUUAAAGGACAAUGGGAUGUCGUAUGAAUGCUUAUGUUGCGGCAAUAAGGCAGCGAAUUGAGAAUGUUUUUAAAGCUUUUAGUUUCUGAGUCACCAUAUUAAAUUAUAUUUAUGUAUAACGUCAAAACUUUGUGGGACAAUUCGGUGUACUUCGUUAAUUCAGCAGGGUUAUGUGUGUUUAAACCAACCAUUGCUUGUUUUAAGUCGACCACCGUUCGGCACAACUAAGUCGUGUGUCACCGAUCGGUACAUCAUUGCAUUGCUGCACGAGAAAAUUGAGUAAUUGUAAUCUUUAAUUUCUCGUCAUUAGUAAAUAUUUUUUUUAAUAGUUUCAUUUUCUUAUAACAUCUUUAAAAUGAACCGAAUAGUGUAUUGGUUUACUUGAUGUUCAUUGGAUGGAUGGUUUUACAAAAAAACGUACUCUGAUGAGAUGGAAUGAAUAUUGUUUUUAUAUAGAAUUACCCCCUCUGGUGUAAUGGAAUGAGUGGUUUAUCACUAGACUAAACCACUACAGUAUAUGAAUGAACGGUUUUGCAAUAGAGAACAACGCCAACAGUGGGAUGGAUGGUUUCGAAACAGGCAAUCACACCAUUAUUAUCUAAGUUUAUGAAUGUUUUUACAAUAGACAGUCACACCAGCAUCAGUUAUACGGGAUGCAUGGUUUUGGGAUAGACUAUCAGAGCAUUAUCAGUUAAUUGUAUAAAUGGUUUUGAAAUAGACAAACACUAUGAUGUGUAUAAUAAUCAUUUGAUAUAGGCCACACUAAAAUUAUGUUUCUCUUUGUGGAUUUUUUCCAAGUUUUAUCAUUUCACCAAGCGGCAUCCUUUACUUUUUCAUUCUAAAAUUCAAGCCUCUAGGCUCUCUGGAAGUUUUUUUUAAUAAAAAAAGAUAUUAUAUGAUUUGUUUUCAACUUGUUUAAUAAUGUUUCCAAUCAUAAAAAGAGAUUUGCACUUGUGUUUGGAUGUCCUAUUUCAUUAUUUCUGAACUGUGCCGUCCGCGUACCGUAUUGUUCAAAGAAUUGGGCGACAUCAUAUUCAGCGUAUUUUUGCGCGUAGAGGCUAGAAGAUACGCGUACAUUUGCAUGGUUGGAGUGCAGCCGCAUAUAAUCGAUGCAAACAGAGUUCAUUUAUAUGACCGCCUAUCCUUUGCAAAGAUUUUUUCUGUGUAAUUUUGUAAAUAAGUGUAAGAGCUAAGCAUAAGAGGAUUUUUGUAAUGAUACAGUAGUGUUAAUAUUGUUUCUCGAUGCGCAUAACGUGCUGCAGGAGUGUGUUUAUUCUCCGUAUUCAUUAUUAUAACUUGCGUCUAGAGCGUGCAGUGCAUCAUACGAGGAAUGUACUGAGGAAGCGCGUAUUGAUUAGUUUUGUAUCUGUACCGCAUUGCGAUUUACGACCGUAUUCAUUUUGAAACAUUUUUCUCUGCGUACACUAAAUCUGGUCGUGCGACUCUAUCGCGUCAAAAAAUAGCACUGUGCGAUAACCUCAUACGUAUUUUUUUUAUAAUUAUAGUGAAAGUUGUAUCAUCUCUUUGGGCUUGACUCUCUCAAAUUAAGUAUUAGAUAAUAUUAAAGAAAUUAUUUUGAUUAUGCCGAAGUCACUCGACAUUUCAAAAACCAAUAUUUAAAUCUAACAUUUUUGUCGAAUGUCGGGUUUACUUCAAUACCGUAUUUGUUUUCAUAGCUAGUUACUCUGUUUUUUUUAAGAUUCACUGUAAAUAUGCAUUUUGUUUUUUUUUACCUACCAUUCAAAUAGAAUAAAUUUGAUAGAACGUUUA